AUGUCAGAACCCGAAGUUGAGGUAGUCAUUGAGGAGGAUGUCGCGGCCGAUGAAGAGAUGGGCGAGGAAGCAGACAUUGGCGACGAAACCACAGCAGGCGGUCUCGGCGACAUCGAGCCCACUGCGCCAGAACAUGUUGCAUUCUCUGACUACCUGCGCUCACCAAUCGUCGAACUAGUUAUUGGACCGGAGAACGAACCGACCAGUCUCUUCGCACACCAAGGACUGAUUUUGCGAUCGCCUUACUUCACCGAAGCGUGCCAACAAUUCAGCGACGACGCUGCUGGCCGGCGCAUCCUUCUGCCUGACGAGGACUUGGCCGCAACUUCAGCCGUGCUCGAGUACCUCUACCGAUCCGAAUACUUCCCGGCCGUGACCAACAAGACUAGCUUGGAGGUCGAUCCAUCUGUUCCAGUGAAAGACGAUGAGGGUGUUGGUCUUCUGCGACAUGCGCGCGUAUACACAUUGGCGAAAAAGCUGGGUCUGCCAAAGCUUUCAUCCCUCGCGCAUCGCAAAAUCCACCUCACAUCCUCGAAUGCUCGUGGCGAGAUCGCAUAUGCUCGUUAUGUCUACAAGGAGACGAGUCCCGACGACGAGAACGUUCGCAAACCCAUCGCGGCGUUUUGGGCUUCGCGAAGCUACGUGCUGCGCCACGAGGCCGAGCAGGAGUUCAAGAAGAUGUGCUUGGAAUUCCCUCAAUUCGGUUUCGAUGUGCUCAGCUUGGUCCUCGAUGCCCAAGAGCGUACCAGUCAGAAGGGAUCGGCGGCUGGCACUGCGGCUGGACGCAAACGACAGCGACAAAUUUGAAGAUCGCUUGGGAGGUCUGCUCAAUUGGGGACUAUGGCAUGACACAGACAGAGUGCCGCGUGUGAUCAUAGCAGCGGCAGCGGUUGGGUCAACCCUGCGGCUGAUAGCCGCUUUGCACCAUAGACAGCCACGGCGGUUGUGUUCGCGAACACGUAGCAAGUCUGAGG